AUGGGAACCAUCAGCAGCGCCCACUUACGCAACUCUACGGACCUCAUCGAACGGAUACGUCACGUGGACCUUGCGGGGAAGAAGAUGGCCAGCUUCGAUGUGAAGGCUCUCUUCACGAACGUACCAGUGGUUGGGGCAAUGAAAGCGGUGCAGAAAGUAAUCGAAAGUGUUAGUGAAAGUGAAUUACCAGUGAACAAGACGGAUUACAUAAAACUAGUGUCUCUGUGUGUGAAGUUUGGGUGCUUUACGUUCGGUGAGGAGGAGUUUGUGCAACACAGAGGUUUAGCCAUGGGUUCCCCCCUAAGUGCAGUUAUGGCUUCCCUCUACAUGGAGUUACUCGAAAGCGAGAGUUUAGUGCGUGUGAUGGGGAGCGAAUCACUGUGGUUUCGUUACGUUGAUGACAUUAUAGUAAUAAUGCCGACAGACACCAACGUUAACGACAAACUCUGUAAGCUCAACGAAGUAAAUGAGCACAUACAGUUUACAGUGGAGGAGGAAGUUAAUGGUGUGUUGCCGUUUCUAGAUACCGUGAUUCACCGAAAAAAUGAAAGAGCGAUAUUUUCCGUAUACAGAAAACCCACUAACAAGGAUGAUUUUGUCCACUUCUUUUCACGGCACGAUAUGAAAACCAAAUCAGGCAUAGUAAUAGGGUUCUUCUUACGUGCCUUCAGAGUGUGCAGUGAUGAAUUCUUACACGAUGAGUGCGCAUACAUCGUGGAAGCAUUCAAAAGGACUGGCCUGAGGAUAAUCCACUGCGCGGGGAAGAAAACGAAGGACAUCGUUACCAACAACCCUCCACGAGCAGAAAACGAGGACAGCGUUAUCUACAAGAUACCGUGCAGUGGAUGUUCGUCGUCUUAUAUUGGCGAGACAGGGCGAGGACUGAAGAAGAGGAUUUAUGAACAUAAAAAUGACAUGCGCCACCACAGGACCUCUAACUCGCUAGUGGUGCACGCCCGGGACAAAGGCCACCUACCAAACUGGGUAGGAGCGACGACCCUACGCAAAGGAUUAAAGAAGAGGGAUAGGAAAACAGUCGAGGCAGCAUACAUCACCACAGAGGAGGAAACCACAAACCACAGAGAAGGAUUUGUCUGCCUAUCCCGCGCAGCGGCGCAGCUCACCAUCUCAGCUACUGGGAGGCCACCUGGAAGAGACCAAUCAGCGCACUCCACUUUCCAGCGCACCGCGACGUGA